ACAAGAGCCAAGCAAAUUAAAAUCCAGCAUUUGGAAUUGAAACUUGAACCGCAACUCUUCCAUUGGCACAUUCACCACACAACACAACCAUGAAUAUGAUUCCUCUACUCUCCGUCACACACCCUUACUUACUACUCCCACCUCCCCCCCUUCACCGCUAUUCACACCACCGCUAUUCACACCACCGCAACCACAUCAAACCUCUUUUCUCCAAACCCCCCUUCCAUUUCUCCAUAAAUCCAAUCCCAUUCUCUUCUUCCAAACGCAUUCUCUUAUCCCCUCCAACAAAUUCCUCCUCCAUCCACAACAAUCCACAUGCUUCCAAUCAAAUUCUCCACACAAUACGAAAAUUUAUUCAAUUUCUUCCUUCGAUUUUCCCCGGUGGAACCUGGUGGAACUUCUCAAAUGACGUUGACGUUCACUUACUUGGUCAACCGGUUACCGUUUGGAAUGCUUUGGCUAAAAUGUGGGAACUUGUUGCUCGUGAUAGAUGGGUUAUUUUCGCUGCUUUCUCUGCUCUUAUUAUUGCAGCUGUUUCGGAGAUUUCGAUACCGCAUUUUUUGACGGCGUCUAUAUUCUCGGCACAGGGUGGGGAUAUUGCAGUUUUUCAUCGGAAUGUUCGUUUGUUGAUUCUCUUGUGUGUUACUUCUGGAAUUUGCAGUGGGAUACGAGGUUGCUGUUUUGGCAUUGCAAACAUGAUUCUGGUUAAGCGAAUGAGAGAAACAUUAUACUCUUCCCUUCUCCUUCAGGAUAUAUCGUUUUUUGACAAUGAAACAGUAGGUGAUUUGACGAGUAGACUUGGGGCAGAUUGUCAGCAAGUUUCAAGGGUUAUUGGAAAUGAUCUUAACUUGAUAUUGCGCAAUGUCCUUCAGGGGGGAGGUUCAUUGAUCUACUUGUUGAUUUUGUCUUGGCCACUUGGUUUAUGUACAUUGGUGAUAUGCUCCAUAUUAGCAGCGGUUAUGUUACGUUAUGGAUGGUACCAGAAGAAGGCAGCACGGCUGAUCCAAGAAGUCACUGCUUCUGCUAAUGAUGUAGCUCAAGAGACAUUCUCUCUUAUUAGAACUGUUCGAGUUUACGGAACAGAAGAACAAGAACAUGGAAGGUACAAAUGGUGGCUGGGAAAAUUAGCUGACAUAAGCUUGCGACAAAGCGCUGCAUAUGGAUUUUGGAAUUUUAGCUUCAACUCUCUUUAUCAUUCAACUCAGGUUAUUGCUGUGCUAUUUGGAGGAAUGUCAAUUCUUGCGGGUCAUAUUACAGCAGAGAAACUUACUAAGUUUAUACUAUACAGUGAAUGGUUAAUUUAUUCAACCUGGUGGGUGGGAGACAAUGUAUCCAAUUUGAUGCAAUCAGUUGGAGCUAGCGAAAAAGUGUUCAACUUAAUGGAUCUCUCACCUAGCACCCAAUUCAUAGCAAAAGGAGUAAAGUUGCAGAGUAUAACGGGGCAUAUUGAGUUUGUAAAUGUAUCUUUUCACUAUCCGUCAAGGUCAACGGUAUCUGUAGUGCAACAUGUAAACUUUGUUGUUCAUCCUAGUGAGGUGGUUGCCAUUGUUGGUCUUAGUGGUAGCGGGAAAAGCACAUUGGUGAAUCUUUUGCUCCGACUCUAUGAGCCUACAAGUGGUCAGAUUUUGAUAGACGGUGUCCCUCUUAAAGACUUGGAUGUCAAGUGGUGGAGAGAGAGAGUCGGAUUUGUGGGACAGGAACCCAAGCUAUUCCGGAUGGAUAUUAGCUCAAACAUCAGAUAUGGAUGUACCCGAGACGUAACGCAGGAGGAUAUUGAGUGGGCUGCGAAGCAAGCCUAUGCUCAUGACUUUAUCUCAGCACUUCCUAAUGGCUAUGAAACACUUGUGGAUGAUGAUCUUUUAAGUGGGGGACAAAAGCAACGAAUUGCUAUUGCUAGGGCCAUUCUUAGGGACCCGAAAAUAUUGAUCCUUGAUGAAGCCACUAGUGCACUGGAUGCUGAAAGUGAACACAAUGUGAAGGGUGUUCUCCGAUCGGUUAGAAGUGAUUCUGCAUCAAGGAGAAGUGUCAUAGUCAUUGCACACAGGCUUUCUACCAUACAAGCUGCUGACAGGAUUGUGGUGAUGGAUAGGGGUCAAAUUGUUGAGAAUGGAAGUCACAGGGAACUGCUCUUGAAAGAUGGUUUGUACGCUCGGUUGACUAGAAAACAGGCUGAUGCCAUGGCAUGAUCUAUGUUUCCAAAGAAGAUAUUCUAUUUUUCUCCUGGCAUCUUUUCUUUUAAACGCAGUAUAGCGGGGCACGCAACAUUUUUUUAUUGCUGACCCACAUAUUCAUAGAAUUUUAUACAAAAAAGUUUCGUGAAAGUUCAGCAAAGAAGGAAGCUGCAUUAGUUUUGAAUCAAAGUGCACAUGGAAGAUUUCAGACCACCACACAGAUGCAUAAGCAUUAAAGUUGUGGGUAUGUUUGUUUUAUUGGAAAGAUACAGUUUGACAAGAAGGGGAAUGUUUAUUGGAACUCACAUUUUUUGUGCUUGUGGCAACUUUCACAUGUAAGAAAAAACAUAUGUAUGGUCAAUUGGGAGGGUAUUCAUUGUCAAAAUGCUGUUACUUUGUCAUCCUGGUAAUGACCAUGACCAUAUAGACUGUUUAUUUUAUAGCUGUAAAUGUAAUGUUUUUCACUUCAAAUAUACUUGAUUGAAAGAAAUACUACUUGCCCGUGAUUGAUGGCUCUUCAUUCUCAAGCUGAAGUAUA